AUGUCUUGCACUCCCACUCAAAACAGUUCCAGCAAGUACCACAUUGCUUCUGUGGAAUAUAAGCAAUACCUUCAUGAUGACCAGGCUGGCGGCGUGCUCCCUCCCUACCCAAUUGUCAUCUUUUAUGAAGAUAUGCUGCCUCCCAAAUUUACCGUCACAAAGGGUGAUGAGGUCAACACCUACACCAUCAAGGUCAAUAGGAACAUGGUCCAUGAUUUAGAUGACCGCAUUGUUUCCUUCAACGAUGACAUUACUACGGAGUGGGUUAUCACGUUCAGGCGACACGAGAGAGCAUAUACCAUCGAGAGGAGGGCUGAGAGCAGUUUGGCAUGGACUGCUCCCACGUGUGGACCGGAACAACCUACUAAUCCCUUGCAGAUUCUCCUUGAGCCUCUCACCUAUCUGCCCACCGAGCAAUAUCCUCCUCUAUUAAUCCCUACCCAGCUGUUCAAAUUUGAGCUUGUACAAGCAUGA